GCGUUAACAGGAGGACAAAAAAGAGGGGGUCCGCACUCUGGGGGAGGUUCGGUCCAGUAGCCCCGCAGAGGCCCAGGAAAGGCCGCGAGACGAGUGAGGAAGCCACGCCGGGAAGGAGCGCCUCCUUGGCGGGCGUGGAUUCGGCGGGACACCCGCCAAGGAAGACGGCUGCAGGGGCUCAUCUGCAACGGUGCAGACGAAUCCCGCAAUUGGUUUUCGCGCUUCGCUGUGAGCGGAACGGCAGUCCUUCAAAACCGGUUCGGCAGGGCAAGCUUCAUAACACCCGUUCCGAUCCGGCCGCCCCUGACAGUCACACCGCCUUGCGUGUGUGCGGCAUGAGACGGAGGCUCCACUUCAGCACUCUGCUCUUAUAAGGCGUCUGACAUUUGGCGUGUGAGACGUACGAAGCGGGGAAGAUGUUGAUGCGGUGCUACCGGGCCAAGCUGUCGGCGUGGGCCGCGGUGUGCUUGCUGGUGCUAGGCUGGUACUACGUGUUCCCCGUGUAUCGGGUGCCCCGGGACAAGGACAUCGUGGAAGAGGUGCUGAGGCAGCAGGACCACCCGUGGAAGAAGAACCAGACUGGCAUCGACCAUUACAGGAAGCUGCUGAGUGACUGCUGCCACCCGCAGCGUCUAUUUGCGCUGACCAAGGAGAACGCGCCGGUGGGCAAGGUGCUGUGGUAUGACGGCGAGUUCUACCACUCGCAUACGGUCAACAACGAGACCCACUCGCUGUUUGUGCAGGCUAACCCCCUCCCGCUCCCCCUCAAGAAGUGCGCAGUGGUGGGCAACGGCGGCAUCCUCCGGCACAGCCAAUGCGGCCGCGACAUCGACCAGGCCGACUUUGUCAUGAGGUGUAACCUCCCGCCGCUCUCCAAGGAAUACGUGGAGGACGUGGGCACCAAAACGCACUUGGUGACCGCCAACCCCAGCAUCAUUGAGAAGAGAUUCCAGAACCUGAUGUGGUCCCGCAAGGCCUUCGUGGACAGCAUGAAAGCGUAUGGUAGCAGUUUCGUCUACAUGCCGGCUUUCUCCAUGCGUCCCGGCACCGACCCAUCUCUGCGCGCCACCUACGCGCUGGCCGACACCUCGUCCGACCUCACCAUGCUUUUUGCCAACCCCGCCUUCCUGCGCAACGUGGGUCAGUUCUGGAAGGCCCGCAGUGUGCACGCCCGGCGCCUCUCUACAGGUCUCUUCAUGGUCACCCUGGCGCUAGGCCUGUGCGACGAAGUGAGCGUCUACGGUUUCUGGCCCUUCUCCUCGGACCUGGCCGAGCGGCCCAUCAGCCAUCACUACUACGACGACAUGCAGCCCUACCGCUGGUUCCACGCUAUGUCCGAGGAGUUCGUGCAGCUAUGGGAGCUGCACAAGAGCGGGACCCUCCGUGUUAAUCUGGGACACUGCGGUUAGGUGGCCGCAGUCCCGGCGUCAAAUAUUCAUGCCGGCUUCUCGGGACUGGCAAGGACGGGGGUGUUGUUACUAGAUCUGCUUGACAAAUGGGGCCGAUGCGGCCGUUAAAGAACUCCCAGUUGCCCAGCAGAAGUUAGGGGGGAGGAGCUUCGGAAAUUGUGAACUCCCCGGAUGACUAUUGAGGUGAGGAGGUUGGGUGGUAAGAUUUUUCCUGCUUGGUGGCACGAUGGCCUUUGGAAAGACCUUUGAGCAUCUUUUCAACACCAUACUAGUGCGUUGAAUUGUCCCAUGUACUAUGUGCUUUGUUUUGAUGACUAAGACAAUGCAGACUUGGGCCCAACCGAUUAAUCGCCCGGCAGAUUUAAUCCACAUCAUCUCUUUUAAUUCUUAUUUUUUUGCACAUUAAACUAUUCCAACACAAAACAAAACUUAAGGACAUUUAAACAUUUCCUCAACCCAGCGGAUUUUCGCAGAUUUUUCUCUCUCGUAAAGUUAAAAACUAAAGGACA